UAUGCAUCCUUCUACCAGCACCCAGUCAAGGCAGCUGCCCGGAGGAGUCUUGUGUAUUGUAAUCUUGGCUGGCCAGAGUCUGAGCCUUCACAGCAGUGUCUUAGCUUCUGCACUACAGUUCCUCAGUGUCCACCCCAGGCUUCCGGACUGGAAGGACGGGGGCGGGGAAUAAAAGUUGCUGGUAAGGCCCAGAAGUUACUACCUGCAGAACCCCAGCCCGACUUUCCCUGCGCCCUGGGAUCCUGCUGAAACCUCCGCGACAACAUGAGCUCCGCAGCAGCGUCCCGCGACUCCCACCCGGGGCUGCUGCUCUUGGGGUUGCUGCUCCUGCCAGCUGUGGUCGCCUUCGCCAGCGCUGAAGCUGAAGAAGGAGAUGGGGACCUGCAGUGCCUGUGUGUGAAGACCACUUCCCAGGUCCGUCCCAGGCACAUCACCAGCCUGGAGGUGAUCAAGGCCGGACCCCAUUGCCCCACUGUCCAACUGAUAGCCACACUGAAGAAUGGGAGGAAAAUCUGCUUGGACCUGAAAGCCCCACUGUACAAGAAAAUAGUUAAGAAACGAUUGGAGCAUUAGCUACUAGCUGCCUAAGUGUGCACUUUCAAUCUAACUGUGAAAGAAUCUUCUGAUGUUUGUAUUAUCCUUCUUAUAUUAAAUUAACAAAAUAAAUGAGGUUCUGGUAUAGUCAAUCUAUUCUUUAAUAAUACUGCAAAAAGUAAUGCUUACACAUCACAAUUUUAUAUUUUAAAAUUUUCAGAAUUUUAAGCAAAAAGCAUUAUGAAGGAAGGUUUGGUUUAAUACAGACUGAUUUUGUUGGGUGUUGUAUGUUAGCUGAUACAUGUUUGUUCAUUUCUAUGAUUGCAGUACUUUAUAGCUACAUAUUUACCUUUUUUGUUACAAUUAGCUUGCCAAUAAAUAUUAGUAGCACUUAAGCAUUAAUUCCUUAACAAUGGAGAUAUUAAGAUUGUGGAA